GAUUGUUUAGUUAGUGACUGGACAGUCUGGGGUAUUGUUUUGUUCCCGUGUUAUGUUUUUCUUUGUCCUGCAACCUGUCUUAUAAAGCUGUUUGCCAGUUUAUUGAAGUGGAAACGUGUCCUGUGGCGGUGUCAAGGACGAUCCCAGAGCUAUCCCCAGGGAGAAAUCCUCACAAUUGGUGGAGGAUGCGGGCAGCAUGUUGCUAAGAGCAACCAACGGUCGAGUUGCAGUAAAGUUGUUGCUAGGAGCAACCCACCCUGCAUGUUGCAAGUUAGACAAGCCCAGCUGUGGAGUACAAGAGCUGGACUGAGCCUGUGGUGAAAGCUUUGCUAGGGGCAAUGGAUCGCGUCAAGCAAGUGAGCACUCUCUCAGCUAAGGAGACAGGUGGACGGGCCACCUGCGCAACAGGUGUUUGUUUUGAAAAAAGGGUCGACAUUGAAAUGUCGCUGCUAGGAGCAACCAACGUGGACAGCAACCGGUUGUCGCCAAGAUGAAUGUGAGGACCCGUAAGUUACUGGUGGGUGGAAACCCACUGUUUUGGAUCUGGACUAUCACCAGGCUGUAUACAGAGUCAUGCCGGACAUAAUACCAUUUGUGAAGACCCAACCAGAGCCUGGUAAGACUGUUCUAAUUGACUUUGAAACCUGUUAUGGGACAGUAAGCCAUAAGCUGGAGGUGUGUGCCGAGUUUGAGAUAGAGAUUAUUUUGGGAGGAGACUUCCCAUAUUUUUGGCAGUUGUGGAAUGAGGAGAGUGGGCCAGAGAAACCGUACAGAAAGGUUCCUGAGCUAAUGAUGACUGGUGUGUCACUACUUGACUGUGUGAACUGUCCUGUACAUUUUGAACCUAUGCAGUUCUCACUUUCUCCUGAUGGGAGAUUGCACUAUGUGAGCAAGAAGAAAGUUCCAGGUAUUACGGAUGAUUUAAUUCAGAUUGGAAAAGAUAUGAAGAGUGUAACUCAGAUCGAGCAGAAUGGAAAUCACUUUGUGGUGACGGUGACUACGGGCACCAAGGUCCUGCGUAAUGAAUUCAACAUCGGGGAAGAGACAGAAUUUAAUACACUUACUGGAGAGAAAAUCAUGAGCACGGUUAAUAUUGUGGACGGCAAGCUGGUUGGGAAACUGAAGUCCGUCACUUCCGUCACAGAACUUUCAGGGGAUCUCCUAAUCAAUGUCAUGACUGUGAAAGACAUUGUCUACAAGGCAGUAAGCAAGAAGGUCGCAUAGAUGAGAAACCUGUUAUUACUUUUACUAUGUAAAAUAAACUCCUAUAAUAUGAAAA